AUGUCGCUUGUUGCCGUGCCCUUCUACCAAAAGAGACACAAAAACUUUGACCAGUCAUACCGUAAUAUUCAAACAAGGUACCUUCUGGAUGAAUAUGCAGCGAAAAAGCGCGCUUCCACCCAGACGUCUUCCCAGAAAUCUGUCACUCAGAAGUCGUCCUCGCAGAGAGGGUCCAGCCAGACGGCACAGGAGGGGACCACCUGCAGGUUGUGUGCCAGGAAGGUGAGCACCGUGCUGGAAGAGGACGAGCAGGAAAGGAGGCACAGGUACCAGUCACUGGUGGCUUCCUAUGGGGAGGCCAAGCGAGAGCGUUUCCUCGGCGAGCUGGCCCAGCUGGAGGAGGAGGUGCACCUGGCCCGCACCCAUGCCCGGGACAAGCUGGAGAGAUACGCCCUGCAGCACACGGACAGAUACGGCCUGCAGCACGCGGUGGACGACAGGCUGGCCUGGGAGAGGCACUUCCUUGAGGAGCAGCUGAGCAGAGCCCCCAGGAUCCUGGUGCAGCUCCGGUCGCACACCAUCUGGGAGCAGAUGUCUGUCAAGCUGUGCUUCACCGUGCAGGGCUUCCCAACCCCCGUGGUGCAGUGGUAUAAAGACGGCAGCUUGAUCUGCCAGGCAGAGGAGCCAGGAAAGUACCGGAUUGACAGCAAGUACGGGGUGCACACACUGGAGAUCAACAGGGCGGACUUUGACGAUACUGCGACCUACUCGGCGGUGGCAACAAACGUGCACGGACAGGCGUCCACCAACGCGGCGGUGGUGGUGAGAAGAUUCCGAGGUGACGAGGAACCGUUCUAUUCUGUGGGGCUCCCGAUCCGUUUGCCCCUGUCCUCCGUGAUCCCGUACACGCACUUCGACGUCCAGUUUCUGGAGAAAUUCGGCGUCACCUUCCGGACGGAAGGCGAGACGCUGGCUCUCAAGUGCACGCUGCUGGUGACGCCGGAACUGAAGCGGGUGCAGCCGCAGGCCGAGUGGUACCGGGACGACGUGCUGCUGAAGGAGUCCCAGUGGACAAAGAUGUUCUUCGGGGGAGGCCAGGCCUCGCUGUGCUUCAGCCACCUCAACAAGGACGACGAGGGUCUCUACACCCUGAGGAUCGUGUCCAGGGGAGGGGUCCAUGACCACAGCGCCUUCCUGUUUGUCCGAGACGCUGACCCCCUGGUCACGGGGGCCCCUGGCGCGCCCAUGGACCUGCAGUGCCACGAUGUAAACCGGGAUUAUGUCAUCGUAACUUGGAAGCCACCCAACACGACCAAGGAGAGCCCGGUCAUCGGCUACUUCAUUGAUCGAUGUGAAGUGGGAACUGACAGUUGGGUUCAGUGCAAUGACCGCCCCGUGAAGAUCUGUAAAUACCCCGUAACCGGACUUUUUGAAGGAAAGUCCUACAUAUUCCGCGUGCGGGCUGUCAACAAUGCAGGGAUCAGCCGGCCUUCCAGAGUCUCUGAGGCUGUGGCUGCCCUCGACCCCCUUGACCUCAAACCGUUACAAGCAGUCCACUGGGAGGGAGAUAAAGAGAUCGUAAUCUAUCAGGAGGACCUUGAAGGUGAAGUUCAGGUUCCAGGACCUCCCACCAACGUCCACGCCUCAGAAAUCAGCAGGACGUAUGUCGUCCUCAGCUGGGACCCACCUGCCCCCCGUGGCAAGGAGCCGCUGAUGUAUUUCAUUGAGAAGUCCGUGGUUGGGAGUGGAAGCUGGCAGCGGGUGAACGCACAGAUGGCUGUGAGGUCUCCCCGAUACGCCGUCUUCGAUCUUGCCGAGGGGAAACCAUACGUGUUCCGAGUGUUGUCAGCAAAUAAGCACGGCCUGAGCGACCCGUCAGAAAUCACCGCCCCCGUUCAGGCCCAGGACACCAUCGUGGUCCCCUCAGCCCCCGGCCGCGUCGUCGCCUCCCGGAACACAAGGACGUCAGUGGUGGUGCAGUGGGACCCGCCGAAGCACAAGGAGGACCUGCUCGGCUACUACGUGGACUGCUGCGUGGCCGGGUCCACCGACUGGGAGCCCUGCAACCACAAGCCCAUCGGCUACAACAGGUUCGUGGUGCAUGGCCUAACCACCGGCAAGCAGUACAUCUUCCGAGUUAAAGCCGUUAAUGCUGUUGGGACCAGUGAGAAUUCUCAGGAGUCCGACGUCAUAGAAGUCCAGGCCACCCUCACCGUCCCGUCCCAUCCUUACGGGAUCAACCUUCUGAACUGUGACGGCCACUCCAUGACACUGGGCUGGAAGAUGCCUAAGUUCAGAGGUGACUCACCCAUCCUCGGUUACUACGUAGACAAGAGAGAGGCUCACCACAAAAACUGGCAUGAGGUCAACGUCUCGCCUGUCCAAGAGAGGAUCCUGACGGUGGAGGGCUUGGCAGAAGGCUCACUGUACGAAUUCAGAAUUACCGCCACCAACCUCGUGGGGAUCGGGCAGCCGUCGGACCCCAGCGAGCUCUUCAAGUGCGAGGCCUGGACGGCGCCGGAACCGGGUCCUGCCUACGACCUGACGUUCUGUGAGGUCCGGGACACGUCCCUGGUGCUGCUCUGGAAGGCCCCCGUGUAUUCGGGCAGCAGCCCCGUCUCUGGGUAUUUCGUCGACUAUAAGGAAGAGGAUUCCGGAGAGUGGAUCACCUUCAACGAGGCCCCCACGGCACAUCGCUACCUAAAGGUCUGCAACCUGCACCGAGGAAAAACCUACAUCUUCCGUGUCCGGGCAGUAAAUGAGAGUGGGGUGGGGAAGCCCUCAGACACGUCGGAGAUGGUACUUCUGGAGGCCAGGCCAGGCACCAAGGAGAUCAGCGUGGGCGUGGAUGAAGAAGGCGACAUCUACCUGAGCUUUGACUGCCAGGAGAUGGCGGACACCUCUCACUUCACGUGGUGCAAAUCCUACGAGGACAUUGCGGGUGACGAGAGGUUCAAGAUCGAGACCGUGGGGGACCACUCGAAGCUGUACUUUAAGAAUCUGGAUAAAGUGGACUUAGGGACUUACUCUGUGUCCGUCAGUGACACGGAUGGUGUGUCCUCCAGCUUUGUCUUGGAUGAGGAAGAGCUGAAACGUUUGGUGGCGCUGAGCAAUGAGAUAAAAAAUCCCACAAUUCCUCUGAAGUCAGAAUUAGCUUAUGGGAUUUCUGAUAAGGGCCAGGUCCGCUUCUGGCUGCAGGCUAAGCACUUAUCACCAGACGCCAGCUACCGCUUUAUCAUUAAUGACGGAGAAGUCACUGACAGCGAGACACACAGAAUCAAGUGUGACAAGUCAACUGGCCUUAUCGAGAUGGUGAUAGAUGAGUUUACCAUCAAAAACGAAGGCACCUACACUGUGCAGAUUCACGACGGAAAAGCCAAAAAUCAGUCUUCUCUGGUUCUCAUUGGAGACGCAUUCAAGGCUGUCCUAGAAGAGGCUGAAUUUCAAAGAAAGGAAUUUCUCAGGAAACAAGGCCCUCAUUUCGCUGAGUAUCUGCACUGGGAUGUUACAGAAGACUGUGAAGUCCGGCUGGUCUGUAAGGUUGCAAACACCAAGAAGGAAACUGUCUUCAAAUGGCUAAAGGACGAUGCUCUGUAUGAACCGGAAAAGUUGCCUGAUCUGGAGAAGGGGGUCUGUGAGCUGCUCCUACCAAAGUUGUCAAAGAAGGACCGCGGUGAAUAUAAGGCAACCUUGAAAGACGAGAGAGGUCAAGAUGUGUCUAUCCUUGAGAUAGCUGACAAAGUGUACGAGGAUAUGAUUUUGGCCAUCAGUAGAGUCUGUGGAGCCUCUGCUUCUCCACUGAAGGUAGUCUGCACCACAGAAGAAAUAAGACUUCAGUGUUUCAUGAAAUAUUUCAGCGAAGAAAUGAAAGUGAACUGGUACCACAACAAUGCUAAGAUUGCAUCGAGUGAGCACAUGAGGGUUGGCGGGAGUGAGGAGAUGGCCUGGCUGCGUAUCUGGGAGCCCACCGAGAAGGAUAAAGGGAAGUACACCUUCGAGAUUUUUGACGGCAAAAAUAACCAUCAACGGUCCCUCGACCUGUCUGCUUUUGAUGAAGCAUUUGCCGAAUUCCAGCGGCUCAAGUCAGCUGCUUUUGCAGAGAAAAAUUGCGGCAAGGUGCUCGGCGGCUUACCCGACGUGGUGACCAUAAUGGAGGGAAAGACCUUGAACCUGGCCUGCACGGUGUUCGGGAACCCGGACCCGGACGUGGUGUGGUUCAAGAACGACAGGGUCAUCGAGCUGAGCGACCACUUCUUGGUCAAGGUGGAGCAGUCCAAGUAUGUCUCCGUGACCAUCAAGGGUGUGACCUCCGAGGACUCGGGCAAGUACAGCAUGCACGUCAAGAACAAGUACGGGGGCGAGAAGAUCGACGUGACGGUCAGCGUGUACAAGCACGGGGAGCAGAUCCCCGACGUGGUGCUGCCCCAGCAGGCCAAGCCCAAGCUCAUCGCCGCAUCCACGCCCUCGACCACCCAGUGAGGGGCGGCCAAGGAGCCAGACGGCGCGGGUGCUUGUUCCCAGCAGGUGACAAGGGCCCACAACAUCCAGCGUGGCUUGAUAGUCAAUCGUGCGUUACGGUUUUAGUCUUAGUCUUCGUGUUUGGUGAUUAGGGGUUUCUGUCCUUCUAAGCGGAAACACGCAUGUUUUCCGGGAGGCUGCACCGCUGUGUCUGCAGGCGCUGGGCGGGGUGGGUUGGAGGUGAGCUGACAUUGCACUGGGGUCGUGCCCUCUAGUGCCCUCAGGCCUAGGGGCUCUGAAAUGCUGGUGGGACAGCGUGUGUGCCUCCGUACUCCCAGCUCUCUCUUGCUUCAGGUGAAUAAAACUUUCA